UGCUUUAUUUGGAUUAGUCAGGGUUAGCAUUAGCGCUAGCUUUAGCGUUAGCAUUAGCAUUAGCGCUGGAAUCUUACGGAAGCUAGCGCUUUGACAUGGACAGGGAGAAACUCGGAUUAAUCCACUUUAACUCGGAUUAACGCGAAUCUCUGUCUCGUCACACAACUAAACCAGUUAAUAAUAAUAUUAAUAAUAAUAAUAAUUUAGCGAGUCGUGUGGUUAUAUAAACCGCUAGCUAGCUAACUAGCCAAACUAAAGGGAGUAGUUGUUGGUUCCGCAAACUGUUAGCACUGUUAGUUUAUUUAUCUUUAAUUGACGGAGUUAAAGGAUGGAUUUCAGCGUCAGGAGACUCGCAGCAGAUGCUGGAACUUUCCUGAGCCGCGCGGUGCAGGUACAGUUUAACACCAGCUUUCACAGAGGAGAAGCUUGGCCAGGCGGAGAGGACCGAGUUAGACGCUCACCUGGAGAACCUGCUGUCGAAAGCCGAGUCGACGAAACACUGGACGGAGAAGAUCAUGAAGCAGACGGAGGUUUUACUGCAGCCCAACCCGAACGUGAGGAUGGAGGAGUUUCUGUACGAGAAGCUGGAGAGGAAAAUCCCAACACGAGUCAACAACCACGAGCUGCUGGGGGAGUGCAUGAUCGACGCCGGGCACGAGUUCGGACCUGGAACGGCAUACGGCAGCGCUCUGAUUAAAUGCGGCGAGGUGGAGAAGCAGCUCGGCGGCUCGGAGCGAGAGCUGAUCCAGAGCUCAGCCAUUAACUUCCUCACUCCGUUCAGGAACUUUAUCGACGGAGAUUAUAAGACCAUCUCGAAGGAGCGUAAGCUGCUGCAGGUGAAACGCCUCGACCUGGACGCGGCUAAAACACGGCUAAAAAAAGCUCGAGCAGCAGACGCUCGCUCUGCGGAGUUUAGCUCCGCCCCCUCGCCAGGAGAGGAGUACGUGUUUUCUUACAUGCUCUCCUUCUUGCAUGUCAAAUGGCUGAAGUUUUGGGCUCAGGAGAUCCAGCAGGCAGAGACGGAGCUGAGGAUAGCUCAGAGUGAGUUUGAUCGCCAGGCGGAGAUCACCAGGUUACUGCUGGAGGGAAUCAGCAGCACUCACGCUCAUCACCUCAGGUGUCUGAGUGACUUUGUCGACGCUCAGGCUGUGUAUUACGCUCAGUCUUAUCAGUACAUGGUCAAUCUACAGAAACAGCUCGGCAGUUUUCCUUCAGCUUUCUCCUCCAAUAACAACCAGCCUGCUGCCUCCUCUGCUGGAAUUUCUGUCCCUGCGACCUUGGCCACGACCUUGACCCCGACCCCCACCGUGACCCCGGGUCAGAGUUCACCGAGCCUUAACGAGCUGCGUAAUUCCUGCGGUCCGCGCCGAGCGCGCGUGCUGUACGAUUACGAUGCCGCCUGCAGCAGCGAGCUGUCCCUAUUGGCCGACGAGGUGAUCACCGUGAGCAGCGAGCCGGGCCUGGAUUCUGAUUGGCUGAUGGGGGAGAGAGGACACCAGAGAGGCAAAGUACCCAUCACUUACCUGGAGCUGCUCAACUGAGACACACACACACACACACACACACACACACUCCGACCCGUCUGUGUCAUUUCACUCUCAGUAUUUGUGCCUUGUUUGCUCGUGAGUAGCCAAAAACAGACUUUAGCAUUUCAUUAACGUGCCAUAAAGAAUUAUUUUCUACUCAGCGUGUGACUUUAUAACUAAUCCAGAGUGCUAUAACAUGUUAUAACGCUUUAAUAAAUAUAUCAGGUGGUUAUAAUGCCAAAUGUAAUAAUUAUUACUGUUUGUUUUGGACACUAGAUACGUGUGAGAGAUGAUGAGAUUAUGGAGAUUAUGGAAGAGAUCAUGAUUGUAAUCCUGUUUUUUUUUUUGUUUGUUUGUUUGUUUGUUUGUUUUUAAAACCAUGCCCUUAUUGACUUUCCCUCGUCCACUUGGUUAAGUGCCCUUGGCUGUUUAAGGUCACAUUAAAGUUCAUUAAAAUGGAAUGAACACACUGCAGACUUCAGGAACAGUGUUUAAGCUGUGAAUAUAAAGAACAUCUGUUCAACACAUCCA